UGAGCAGUCAGUGUGCCGCAUGACCGGCGAAGUGACUGAUAAAGAGCUGGACGACGUCGCUAGCACUUUUCCGAUGGAGUCGCAAGCAAUAGUUGCGGAAGUGGAGGAUAGACUGCAAAGCCAGGACUAUGCCCAAACAAUGACUACAUUCCUUCACAAACUUAAAGGCGCCAGUGAUAAUGUGGCUGACGUAAUGCCUAAGGUUUUCUCGGAUGAGCUCUUGGAAGGUUACAAUUGGUAUGGCAGGUGGAGCAAGAAAUCUCUAUGCAAGUUGGCGCUGAUGUGUUUCAACAACAAGGGUGUAGGAGUUUCGAGCAAAAUAUAA